AUGAGUACACAGAAAGAGCUAACAGAGUUUCAGAGGGGAAGGAUAGUUGAAUGUCAUUUGGCAACAACAGAGUCACAUGGUGAAAGAAAUUUAUGGACUUAUGACAGAGAUGGGUACAACGGUCCGGAUAACUGGGAACUUAGUUUCCCAUCCUGUGGCGGCGCCAACCAGUCUCCCAUAAACAUUGACACAAGCACAGUUCAAGUGAAUCAAGAACUGAGUCCAUUUGUUUUUCAUAAUUUUGAUAAUCCAUUUCUGAGUUCCAUUUUAUAUAAUACAGGACACACGGCACAGUUGAUCCUAGAAAGAUCCGACGCAGUACAAGUAAAGGGUGGAGGAUUAGGAGGAACUUUCCAGUUUGAUCAGUUGCACUUUCACUGGGACAGCACAUCAAUGACUCAAGGAUCGGAACAUACCAUAAACGGUCGCCAUUAUCCUGUGGAGAUGCAUCUGGUAGCAUUUAACGAGAAGUAUCCAAAUUUUACCGUAGCAUCACUUUAUGACGAUGGAAUUGCAGUAUUUGCCGUGUUUGUAAAGUUGCCUGACUCCAGAAAUUACCUUACCAGCUUGCAGCCAAUCGUAGAAAACUUUGAAAAGAUUAGCAUCCCUGGAAGUGCUGUGAAGCUCACCUCGCCCAUAUAUUUUGAAGACUUACUGCCAGCAGACAUUACACGUUACUUUCGGUAUCAGGGGUCAUUGACCACACCGCCGUGCAGCGAAGUUGUUACCUGGACUGUUUUUGAAGAAACUGUACCAGUCAAUGCAAAUGAGCUUCUGACAUUUCGAAUGCUCGUAGACGUUAAUGGUAAUCCCCUACAACACUGCCAUCGACCAGUACAGCCCUUGAACGAUCGGCUGAUCGUGAUACCGCCCUAUGAUUUUUCUCAACAAAAGAACAAUUUCUAAAAUGAAGUGGGAGUUUAGGAUACGUUUUAAAAUAGAAUACCUCGAACAAUAUUGCCGCUUUUUGGAUUUUAAAAAAACUGAAUAAUAUUUUCAGAUUUAA